AUGGCGGACUCGAAAUAUAUUCGAUAUAUUUCGCUUUAACUUUAAUGCGUUAGGGCUUUAAUUAUAUCUUUGCCGUUAUGGCUAACAAAACAGAUAAUUUAUCAGUCACGUGUGUAUCUUAUGUACUAACCAGAUGGAAGUAGUAUAAUUGGAUUUAUUAAUAUCUUGGUAACCAAUGGAAAUUUUUGACAACUAUCCAUGAACAACAAAGAUAAAAAACACAGCAAACUGCCACUUCAAAUUAAACAAGAGCAUAGAAGAAGAUCGAUGCCAUUUGUGUACCCGUUGAUGAUGUACAGCUUAUUUUUAUUGGCAAUUAAUUGAGAAAUUCGUAUUUUACUAUUGCAUAUUCUUUUGCCAACAACUCGUAUGAAUUAUUGUUUCGAAAAAGCAAUGGACGUUCUAAGGAUUAAUAACAAACAGCUACAGACAGCGGGUUUUACUGAGCUCCAAAAAGACUGCAGCCUGCCCCAGGAAAACAGCUUCCAGGUCCAUGAUACAGCUGACCAAGAUUUUCCACCAUUGACAGACUUAACUCAACAUCUAAAUGAAGGCAUUCUUAUAUCAUCUGAAUUAACAUCAGGUGAAGAAAGCCAGUUCGAUGUUAGUGAUGAGGAUGCAGGGUUAUUGCUGGUCUGGGGUUGUGGGGAGUUUGGUCAACAUGGACAUGGACAUCAGAAUGAUGUGACAAUCACAGCUGGGUGUAUGAACCAUUUGAUAUUAGGACAAGAUGGUCUUGUAGCUCUUGUUGCUUGUGGGUCAAGUCACACUAUCGUUAUCACAGAUGACAACAGAAUCUUUAGCUGGGGCAACUGUAACAGUGGACAACUAGGAAUCGGAGAUACCAAGACCACAAUGUUACCACAUCUCGUACAGUUAGGGAUCAAACCAGGCACCAGAAUAAGAGGUGUGGCAUGCGGCACUCGGCAUACUUUUAUAUGGACAGAAGAAGGGGACUGCUUUAGUUUUGGAAACAACUUUAGUGCUCAGCUUGGAUAUGAUUUCAGGAAACCUGAUUUCAAAGAAAACCAGGUACGGCCAGUCUACCUAGAAACCCUCUUCAAUCAAAAAAUCCUUCAAGUUGCUUGUGGCUCAAGACAUUCACUCUUUCUUUUUAAUUCUGGAAGUGUUGCUUCUGUUGGAAGUAAUGAUCGAGGUCAACUGGGACAUUCUGACAAAACAGACAGUGUUUGUAUUCAGAGGGUUGCUGAUAUUUCAAAUGUUUUCAUUAUUGGCUGUGGAAACUGCCACUGUCUGGCAGCAGACGGAGAAGGGAAUGUGUAUGCUUGGGGUUAUGGCAAGGCCUUUGGAUCCAAAGAAGAUAUUUUAUCUCCUGCUAAAGUAUACAUGAGUGAUAAUUCUACAAGUGUAUCAGGUCUGGUUGGUGGAGAUUCACAUUCAUUAUUACUGCUAAACAAUGGAAAACUCUUGUCUUGGGGCAACAAUUUUGAGGGUCAGUUAGGCCUGGGAACUAAUGUUAAGUUUUCAAGCAAACCCACUGAAAUAAAGGAUGGAUUAGCUGAAGAAAACAUCAUCAAUAUUUCAAUAGGAGAAAAUACCUCAGCUGCUGUCACAGAGAGUGGAAGACUUUUUAUGUGGGGUAAAAACCAGAGCCAAGUAAUCCGUGAGGAUGAAGGACCAAGGUAUUGUCAAUAUCAGCCCCACCCUGUACCCCUUGGUAAGUGGAAAGUAACCAAGGUAGCUUGUGGUGCAUGGCAUGUUGCAUGUAUUGUAUCUCCUGAUGCAAAAACAAACACUUGGGACUGGACACCCCCUCAUGUUGACAUCCCUGUUGCUACAGCUGAUAAUCUAUUUGAGCCACAGAAGGACAGUGUGGAUGUUUCAUUUGAUGAAAGUAAUGGUAACAUUACAGAGGAAAAUUCAGAACUUAAAGAUGUUGAUGAAAAUGAUGGAAGUACGUACACAGAAAAAGACUGUACUAUGAUGGACAAUAACACAGAAUUGAUUCAGUGUGAAAUUGUCAAUGAAAAAAUAGAUCCUACUAACCUUGUUGAAAGUGAAACAGACCAUAAUGGACACACAGAAAAGGAUUGUUACCUAGUAGAAAGAAGUACUGAAAAUACUGUUCAAAAUGAAGUACCAAAAAUAUCUGCAGACAGCAACAUGAGAGUUGAAAAGGGCAGCUUAAAAGGAAAUAUUACGGUGGUAACGGGUAUGGAACAAAAACAGUCUCAGCUGAAAGACAGAUCAGCAGAAGAUGUUGUCAAGAAAAAGAGAAGCCAGUCAGCUCAUACAUAUACCAAACAUAAAACUGAUAAAACACAUGCAAAGGAAAGAAACAGUUUGAAAAAAACAUCCAGUGAAGAGUCUGUUAAGCUACCAGGAAAACCACUUCAUAUGAGCAAGUCUCUAUGUAAUAUAGUGAUAGAAAAAAGUGACAAUGAUGAAGGAUUGAAUCCAGAAAGACGAAGUAGUACAGGUACUAUGAGGAGUACUUCAAGGAUUCAUUCCAGGUCUGUGGAUAUUAGCAAAACUGAAAAGGAAUUAAAAAGUAAAGAACCUUUGUCAUCUGCAAGAAACUCUGUGCAUGGAGAUGUAGAACAAAAUAGUGUGAGUCAUUUAAAACCAAGAACAUCAACUGAUGGAACCAGCAAUACCUUGUUACCCAGCACACAUCCUAAUUUGUCUAUGGGAGGAAGGACAGCCCAGCUGAACAGAGAGAAAAAAGCCCCUAGACAUAUCAGGAGAAUCCCUUCUGUACCAAAAAUGGAACAUUAUUUACCAAAUCAACCAAUUCAGAGUUCUGGCACAAGUGAAGAUUUUUCUAAACAAGGAGACAUACAGAAAUCCACCUUAAGCAGGACUCAAUCCAGCCCAAACAUAAUCACUAGUUAUCAAUCUGAUAUUCACCCCAUUACACUUAGCAUGCAUUCUACACCACCCUUCGUCAUUCACAUGCCACACCCUCCUGGAGCAGAAGGUCUUCCUCCAAGACCUCCAAGGUGCAAGAAAAGGACAGCUGCACAGAAAAUAGUCUUUUCUUCUGGGUCUUCCUGGAGGAAGCGCAACUCAAAUAUUUGAUUAUCUAUUUUUAUAAGACUAUUGUACAAAUCCAGUCUAUGCAUUAAAAAAAUUUGCAAGAAAAACAA